AUGUCUGCCUUUUUAUGUGAUGUUUUCCCCAUGAGCAAUGGAGGGCUCCAAAUUGUUUUGAAUUUAUACAUUGUUCUCAACUUCUCAUUCUUUGUGAAAUGUUUGUCUGAGUGUAUUCUUUUGAACUUCAGGUCUCAAGGAACAUUGAAUUGGGUUUAUCAGCUCUCAGCGGUGAAAAAGGACCAGCAUAUGAUCAAAUUUUAUCGAAUGCUGGAAUGGUGGAUCACUUGCUUGGUGCUGAAGGCGCAGCAGAUAUAUCGGUUGUGCUGGAUAGAGCUGGAGAGGCCAUUCUUUAUUGUCAUUGAUAAUACUCUCAUUUCAUUAAUGCAGCUCAAAGAAUACAUAGACGACACUGAAGAUUUAGUUGCUGUUUAG